AUGUUUUUCUGUAGAUCGGCUUGGCAGAAACUGGGGCUCCUGGCACGAAUGACAGUUGCCCUACCCUUAUCCAGAAAUGGUGAGUGGAUAAGAAGUGGUCCGAGUUGAUGGGGUGUAUAUUGUAUUUGUUUGGGGCAUUUUUAUAUGAAUCGUUUGUUGCAUCCUAGCUGACGCGUCACGGUGUGCGUUGAUGUAUGGAUUUACGCCAAGGUCAAUGCAAUUAGUUGGUUUUAACGACAGUCUAUGUAAACAGUUGAGCUUGAUAAAAUGUAUACGUUUGGAUUGUUUGUCCAACAUUCUUGUGUGAUUUUUGUAUUCAAUAUAUAUUUUAAAUUAAUGCAGUUUCCUUCAAAUUGCGCGACGUUGUUGUACUUUAUUCAUUCCAGGAUGAUACAAUGCAUCAUUCUUUACUAGUUUAUUGAAAAACAUUGCAAGAAAAGUUACAUUUUAAUAAUUUUAAAUCUUACAUUAUUGCUGAGCGCUAGUUGAGGCAGUACGCCCCUUUUCCAUGGGGAGGUGUGUCCAUGUCCACAAAGAUUAGAACAUGCAGUUCUGCACAAUUUAGUUACGAAACAGCGCAUCCCGGUCCAAAAAAACGACCCGAUCGGUAUUAUGUAACAUCCAAGCAUCAAGUGCAUGUAUUUGAUAGCAGAUAUAUCCCCGAAAUCGUUGUUUUUUGAUGGAGAUGUCGUCGCCUAUAUGAUGUCCCAUGGAGAUUCUUCACGUGUCGUGGUAGCGGCUGUAUAGGAUAAUGGUUGUGGAUAUAGAUCAUUGGAUUAGCCUAUAGCAGCCCAUAUAGAAAAAAGACGAAGCACGUUCUACUUGACUUUGACCUGUCGAGUUCUGUAGCAAGAGGCGUCAAAACUAUAAUCCAAAUUGAUCGUGAUAUAUUAAUUUCCCCCAGACUCAUCAAAGCGUUUUGUCAGGGAGAGAAAAAAUGUGAUUGUUUUGUUAAUAGCUUUGUGUGGGUUUGAAUGACAGCAAGGGGUAGAAGGGAUUAGGGUUGUGUUUUUACUGUAGCUACUUUCCCAUGCACGCGCUUCAUGGAUAGACUAGUUCUAGUCUGGCUUCAUUCUAGAACUACAGCUCCUAUUUGCUUUGUUGCAUAAGGAAUUUGCCCCGAGGGAGAUCUGAACAGUGCUGGUUUAAUUUCCUGUUUUAGAGAUGUUAGAAACUCAAAAUACAGCCAGAAACCUCUAUCCUCUCCAUGUUUUGACACUAGGAUGUAUAGAUAUUCCCCUGACCUAUAGCUACAAGCACAGACAUGCAUUGUGACAAUAGCCCUAUCCUCUAUGUGCAUUUCUGCACACCCUGCUCUGGAUUAUAUUUGGCUGACUAAUGACGUAUUGAUCACUAGUCAGUCAUGACUAGGGCAGACAGGCUUCAUGGUUAGGCUUUGGGCCUACAUAAGGGGGCGUGUGGUUCUUCAUGUAUGUGUAGGCCUGUGUGUGUGUGUGUGCCACUGGUGUGAAUGGCCUCUAUUCAGUUGGAAGGAACCGGUCCAAUGUCCUUUGCUUGUUGCAGACCUACGUAACUAACAGAGCCUAUAGGAGACCUAGAGACAGACAUGUUUUCUCUGGACGUUGUGUGUUCUUAUUUGGGCAAAGCUUAUACAUUAAAUGUAAAUAGUUGUAUUUUUUUCAAUGCUGGCAGGGUCCCCCCCCCCCCCCCCCCCAGCACUACGCAGCUGAUUUAAAUAUCCAACUCCUCGUCAAGGUUUGAUUAUUUGAAUCCACUGUGUAGUGCUAGGGCGAAAACCAAAACGUGCACCCAGAGGGGGCACAAGGACCUAGUUGAGGGAAACCCGCUAUAGGGGACGGACAGACGAGCCAUGUUCUCCAAUGUGGACAUUUUUUGUUUUUGUGUUCUUGUUUGGUCAAAGUUUAGGGAUAAAAUGUAGCCUACGUGGUUGUCAUGGUUGCUUUUCUCUAGCAAAAUGAAAAACAAUUGAUCACAAAGACAGCCAGGCCUAGCUAGCAGAGACAGCCAGGCCUAGCUAGCAGAGACAGCCAGGCCUAGCUAGCAGAGACAGCCAGGCCUAGCUAGCAGAGACAGCCAGGCCUAGCUAGCAGAGACAGCCAGGCCUAGCUAGCAGAGACAGCCAGGCCUAGCUAGCAGAGACAGCCAGGCCUAGCUAGCAGAGACAGCCAGGCCUAGCUAGCAGAGACAGCCAGGCCUAGCUAGCAGAGGACAGCCCAGGCCUAGCUAGCAGAGACAGCCAGGCCUAGCUAGCAGAGACAGCCAGGCCUAGCUAGCAGAGACAGCCAGGCUAGCUAGCAGGACAGCCAGGCUAGCUAGACUAGAGCAGGCCAGGCCUAGCUAGCAGAGACAGCCAGGCCUAGCUAGCAGGGCCUCUACCUUUCACCCAUUUCCUGCUUCUGUCCCCCCGAUGAUUAGUAUACAUAGAUAAUGCGCAUGUUAUUACAUCACAGGGCAGGUAGCCUAACAGUUAGAGCGUUGGGCCAUUAACCGAAGGGUAGGUAGUUCGAAUCCCCAAGCUGAUAAAAGGAAAAAUCUGUGCACUUAACCCUAAUUGCUCCAGGGUCACGUUGAUGAUGGCAGGGAGGAGGUUCCGGUAUAUGCAAAAAAAACACAUUUCCCUUUUUUAUAUCCAUACUGGCCCCCCGUGGGAAUCGAACCCACAACCCUGGCGUUGCAAACGCCAUGCUCUACCAACUGAGCUACCUCCCUGCCGGCCAUUCCCUUCCCCCCCAGUUCACAUGUUCAUAUUAAUACACACUUGUACAUGUGUGAAAUACAACAAAUAUAAGCAUCCACAAAUUUUUAGUUCCGUAAGAUGGGUGGGGGUUCAAUGCUACCAUGCUAUGACUGGCUGUCGGAGAGGAAACUGGGAUCACCUGCGUGUCUGUGACACUUCUGACCUCUAGCUCAGCUUAACUGAUUAGUACCUAGCUACCUGUAUAAAUAACUGGACCUGGCCUUCACAGGAACAAACAGGAGGCCACUUGCUGUGUCAUGGUAUUAGAGAGAGCAGCAGGGUAGCUCUGGGUCAACCAGGAUCAACGUCUGGUCCCAACUGAUGGCUGUGUUUUUGAGGAACGUUUUACUGCCAAUGACUGUUGUGGUUUGUCUUAUCCUACCUUAGUUGAAUGUAUUGACUGUACGUCUCUCUGGACCAGAGUCUUCUAAAUGGCCUCCAUGUAAAAUGUGGUGUUUGUAUUGUGUCAGGAUGUGUGUGUGUGUGAGAAUUUAAUCCCAAAACUAUUGUUCUGAAUUCUAUUUUUCCAAGUGAAGGAAGUGCUGGGAUGUUUUGUUAUGUAGGUUGCUUCAGUAAUCUAUGGAGCUGAUUGUGUAUAUCUAUCUCUCACUCACACAGAGUAUAAACUGGGGGGUUGAGGAGACUACAUGUGUGUUCUCCUGCAGAGCUGCAGGAUAAAAUGUGAUACUCUUUACAUGGAGGGAACGGGGGAGGGAGGUGAGAGGGAGGUGAGAUGUGGAGGGAGGAGCGCUCUCUGCUGUACAUAGUGUUCCCUUACUGCAGCCUGGGCUGCUCUGGUGUGCAUGUUGGAGACAUGCAUACACACACACACACAUACAUACACACACACACACACACACACACACACACACACACACAACCAGAGACUGAGGUGCGGAAACACACACACUUCACACACCACAGAGGCACCACUUGUAGAAAGUGUCUCUUGUUUUGCCCUGUAGGCGCCCCUCUGCCAGACCUUUGCAUUCUGGGUGACAUGUGAACUUGAAGCUUACACAUGAUCUUGAACUUUGAAACUAGUCCCCUAUGCACAACCACUACAGUUGUAUUCCUGGUGUUUUCUACUCAGGGCUGAAUGUAUUCAGUAGUCUAUAGCGGUCCUUCACUAGUCUCUAAUGGACAAACAUAGGCAGAACUAGACAGCCAAACACAACCAAGUUUUCCUGUGUGGUUGACUGGUUUUAUGUUGUGUGAUUGACUGGUUGUGUGUGUGUGUGUGUGUGUGAUUUAGGGAGUGUUUGGGGCGAUGGCGUAGCAGAGGAGAGGAUCUUUGGUCCAGGAAGGAGGAGGAUUUAUUUAUGUCCCGUGUUCUAAAUGCACCACCAUAGCCUGAGAGCCAAUCCGAUCAACACGGCAAUCUAUUUACUGAAGACUAGGCUACUCUAGUCUGCCCAGCCCUAUUGGCCACAUGGACCAUGCUACCAACAACAACAACAACUUGUUUAUGGUUUCAUCUCAAAUCUCUAUUGCUGCGUUUGGUUCUUUCUUUAGGGUAGUUAAAAUGAUGGCUGUGUGAAGAUGAUUCAGUGUCCUACAGUCUGACAGUGAUUUUACAUCAGCACUAUGCAAUUGGCAAAGAUUCAAGUGAUGUUAACCCAAAUGAAAUGUGUUUAGAUGGGAGGGGUUUAGAAAGCAGGGAGUGUUUAUUAGGAGGGGGUUGUCCAAGCAAACACAGCAUCAGACCUAAAACAAGGACCAGAAUAGACCUGGGUUCAAACACUAUUAGAAAUCUUUCAAAUAACUUUUUGAGCUUUUGCUCUAGGCUGUUAGGAGUGCCAGAUUGGUAGAGUUUGGUCCAUCGGUUGGCCCAUUAAGCCAGGCAAGCUCAAUCAACUACAUAAACCACUUGGAAUUAUUUGAACCAAGGUCUGGACUGGGAUAGGUUGGCUAGGCGUGUUUAGCUUGGUAAGUCUCCCGAGUGGCGCAGUGGUCUAGCCACUAGAGAUCCUGGUUCGAAUCCAGGCUCUUCGUAGCCGGCCGCGACCGGGAGACCCAUGGGGCGGCGCACAAUUGGCCCAGCGUCGUCCAGGGUAGGGGAGGGAAUGGCCGGCAGGGAUGUAGCUCAGUUGGUAGAGCAUGGCAUUUGCAACGCCAGGGUUGUGGGUUCGAUUCCCAAGGGGGGCAAGUAUGAAAAAUAAACUGUAAGUCGCUCUGGAUAAGAGCGUCGGCUAAAUGACUAAAAUGUAGGAUGGACUGGGAUAGGUUGGCUAGUCGUGUUUAGCUUGGUAGGACGGACUGGGAUAGGUUGGCUAGGCGUGUUUAGCUUGAUAGGACGGACUGGGAUAGGUUGGCUAGUCGUGUUUAGCUUGGUAGGACGGACUGGGAUAGGUUGGCUAGGCGUGUUUAGCUUGGUAGGAUGGACUGGGAUAGGUUGGCUAGGCGUGUUUUGGCUUGGUAGGACGGACUGGGAUAGGUUGGCUAGGCGUGUUUAGCUUGGUAGGGCGGACUGGGAUAGGUUGGCUAGGCGUGUUUAGCUUGGUAGGGCGGACUGGGAUAGGUUGGCUAGUCGUGUUUUAGCUUGGUAGGACGGACUGGGAUAGGUUGGCUAGUCGUGUUUUAGCUUGGUAGGACGGACUGGGAUAGGUUGGCUAGUCGUGUUUUAGCUUGGUAGGGCGGACUGGGAUAGGUUGGCUAGUCGUGUUUUAGCUUGGUAGGGCGGACUGGGAUAGGUUGGCUAGGCGUGUUUAGCUUGGUAGGGCGGACUGGGAUAGGUUGGCUAGGCGUGUUUUAGCUUGGUAGGACGGACUGGGAUAGGUUGGCUAGGCGUGUUUAGCUUGGUAGGGCGGACUGGGAUAGGUUGGCUAGUCGUGUUUUAGCUUGGUAGGGCGGACUGGGAUAGGUUGGCUAGGCGUGUUUAGCUUGGUAGGACCGACUGGGAUAGGUUGGCUAGUCGUGUUUAGCUUGGUAGGGCGGACUGGGAUAGGUUGGCUAGGCGUGUUUAGCUUGGUAGGGCGGACUGGGAUAGGUUGGCUAGUCGUGUUUUAGCUUGGUAGGGCGGACUGGGAUAGGUUGGCUAGUCGUGUUUUAGCUUGGUAGGGCGGACUGGGAUAGGUUGGCUAGGCGUGUUUAGCUUGGUAGGAUGGACUGGGAUAGGUUGGCUAGGCGUGUUUAGCUUGGUAGGAUGGACUGGGAUAGGUUGGCUAGGCGUGUUUAGCUUGGCUUACGCAAACACUUUCCACUGCCUCUGCUCUGCUGUGUCAAAUGAAUGGCGCCGCCUUGUCUGUGUUGUGUAAUGGGAUUAAGAGGGAUAGAGGCUUGUUGCCGUGGUAUCAGAACACCGCUGAUGACCUGAGUGGUAAGAAGAUGCCUGGACAGGACCGGAUGAAGGCCUUUAUUACAGGCCCUGUAGGACCAUGUUGGAGGAUAACAUUAGAUAUGCAUAGAUUGACAAUGCAAGGAAUUUGUCAAUGGGGCCUAUACAGAAAUCAUAGAGGGUCCGUUGACCUGGCAUGGUCAUCUGUCCAAUGCAAAGCUGGCAUCUUUCUUACUGCCUGAGUAUAUGAACAAAAAGUGUAGAACUUGCUUUCUAUUCAUAUAUUUACAUGCUUUAUAUUUUAUGUCUCUUGAUGUAGCUUUAUGUAUUGGGGUGCCUUCCCAGGGCUACUAGCUAACUAUUUAGGAUAGGCUACAUGCCCAUUUUUAUUGACACCUGAUUGGUCACAGCCACAGGAACAGUUUUCCAUAAAAAUAAAUGGUCAAGGUUCCUUACACAGACAGGAACCGUGACCAUUUUUUUCAAACGGUAAACAGCUUUAAUGAGAUCUUCAUUAUCCACCGUCUUUGGUAGCUCUCUCUUCUGGUCCAUCCCCUAACCAUGUCCCCCUCUCCACCGUGUCUCCUUACAGUGGUUCCAGUGCGGCAGAUGUCCUUCGGGAUCCCCGGUGGCUCUUCCACCAACAUGGCGUACUUUGUUCUGUGUGGAGGAGGCCUCACUGCCGCUGUAGUCUACGUAAGUACUGAUCCGAGAUCAGUUGUGUGUGUGUAUACCUAAUGUUAACGGAGAAGGUCUGGGCAGUAUAUGAUGAUCCUAGACCAGAUUUGUGCCUGAAGGGCACUUUCUACUCAAAACUAUAUUCUACUAUGCGAGUAUCACCCUAGACACUGAUUUGAAAUCAGUUUUUGUAUCCACCCAUAAUGGUAAAGGUGACUUUCUGGAGAGCUCACACUGAUCUGAAGUCUGUGCCUAAAGGUUAACUUGAACUAGGCAUGCUAUAGUUGACUUUAAUUUCAAACAUAUUGAAAUUAAGUAUAGAUUUUUCCUGACUCCUCCCACAUCAGUUUUCCACACUUUAAUCCAAUGCAUAAACAUUAGGACACAUGGCCCCAGGCCAGUGUUUUGGUUAGAGAACUUCCACCCAUUACAAUGUGCGGAGUGGCUGCAGAUCCCAACUUUUCUCUGACCGUUUUUCCUCCGGACUAAAGAUGGAUGACGUUCUGCUCAUGUGUUUAUUCUGUACUUCUCUACCCGUAGAGAACCGGCUACUCUGGUGAAUGGUGGUCAUUUAAUAAAGUUAGAUCAAAGCCGAAUCCAUGUCUGCAAGAUCACAUAAUGAUAGUGUUCUACAUAACAGAACCCAAUAUAAUAGCGUAGUAUUACGUUACUGUAAGACAAAAACCCCACCGCAUUUUUCUCUUAUGUGGCCGAAACGCAGCAGUGUGCGCCACUAGGGAAAAUACACAGCUAGGUUAUGUUUCAGUUUAACACCAUCUGCUCUACAAUUCGCUCACUGUACAUGAGUGAGAAAGUUAAUGCACAAAUAUCAUACCCCCCCCAAAAAAAAUGCUAACCUCCCUGUAAUUGUAAUGGUGUGAGGUUAGCAUGUCUUGGUAUGAUAUUUGUGUGUCUAACUUUCUCACUCAUCAUUAUUCAAGAUUCAUUCAGGAUUAUCUGUAAUCAUGGUAGCAUCCACAUUACUAUAGAAGGCUUCAGAAACAUUUUAUUGUUAUUUACAAUAAAAGUGACUCUAAAAUGACACUACAUUAUUUACCAUUCAUUUCUAUUGGGCACAAAAUAAUCUGAAACACAACCAAAACAAACAGCAAAUGCAUCCAACAAGUUUUUAGAGUCGCAAGCUUGAUGUGGUCAUUGCGUGCUAAGAAUAUGGGACCAAAUACUAAUCUUUUGACUACUUUAAUACACAUAUACAGUGAGGGGGAAAAAAGUAUUUGAUCCCCUGCUGAUUUUGUACGUUUGCCCAUUGACAAAGAAAUGAUCAGUCUAUAAUUUUAAUGGUAGGUUUUAUUUGAACAGACAGAAUAACAACAACAAAAAUCCAGAAAAACGCAUGUCAAAAAUGUUGUAAAUUGAUUAGCAUUUUAAUGAGGGAAAUAAGUAUUUGACCCCUCUGCAAAACAUUACUUAGUACUUGGUGGCAAAACCCUUUUUGGCAAUCAGAGGUCAGACGUUUCUUGUAGUUGGCCACCAGGUUUGCACACAUCUCAGGAGGGAUUUUGUCCCACUCCUCUUUGCAGAUCUUCUCCAAGUCAUUAAGGUUUCGAGGCUGACAUUUGGCAACUCAAACCUUCAGCUCCCUACACAGAUUUUCUAUGGGAUUAAGGUCUGGAGACUGGCUAGGCCACUCCAGGACCUUAAUGUGCUUCUUCUUGAGCCACUCCUUUGUUGCCUUGGCCGUGUGUUUUGGGUCAUUGUCAUGCUUGAAUACCCAUCCACGACCCAUUUUCAAUGCCCUGGCUGAGGGAAGGAGGUUCUCACCCAAGAUUUGACGGUAUAUGGCCCUGUCCAUCGUCCCUUUGAUGCAGUGAAGUUGUCCUGUCCCCUUAGCAGAAAAACACCCCCAAAGCAUAAUGUUUCCACUUCCAUGUUUGACGGUGGGGAUGGUGUUCUUAGGGUCAUAGGCAGCAUUCCUCCUCCUCCAAACACGGCGAGUUGAGUUGAUGCCAAAGAGCUCGAUUUUGGUCUCAUCUGACCACAACACUUUCACCCAGUUCUCCUCUGAAUCAUUCAGAUGUUCAUUGGCAAACUUCAGACGGGCAUGUAUAUGUGCUUUCUUGAGCAGGGGGACCUUGCGGGCGCUGCAGGAUUUCAGUCCUUCACGGCAUAGUGUGUUACCAAUUUGUUUUCUUGGUGACUAUGGUCCCAGCUGCCUUGAGAUCAUUGACAAGAUCCUCCCGUAAGUUCUGGCUGUCCUCACCGUUUUGUCAAUUCAUUUCAGCUCACUGGAGGAGAUCGCCUCCACGCAGGGAGGAUUGACAGUCUUUAGGUUUUACCAUUCUCGAAAACGUUGGAUGGACUUUACAAGCUGCUUAUGUCUGUAGCCAUUCACUUUAGAGGUCUCAUAUCUUGCCUGAAAGCGGAGAGUAUUAGGUUUGCAUUGGGCAAGUUGGAACAAAGGAUGAUGUUCGGACAGAUGUCUUAUAGAACAACUGGAUUAGGAGACUUCUUUAAAUUGGCUUAAUCUCACUCCUACCUGUCUAAAGCACUGGAGGCAAUCUUUGAUUAAGGUUGCAAUCUAUUCCAUUUUAAAUAAAUUAAUCAUUUUUAGAUUCUUGGAUUCUAGUGGUAUUCGUCCUCACUGUUCAAAACCUCAUUAAUAGACGAUCAUUCUUUUUCGCAACGUUCAAAAUCAGCAGGAGACAAAACUUUUGUCACGACUUUUUUGUCAGUUUAGUAUCACUGGAGAGCCCUUCCCACAGCAGUGGUGCAUUGUGCUUUUUAAAGACCGUUAUAACAGUUCUACAGACAACCGUUGGCAUGGACGUUUAUAGCUUUAGCUUAGUCUACGCCUUUAUUUAACACGACACUGUUACUUGCUAGUGCUGAGGGAAGAGAGGAUUCAGGUUCUCAUCUUGCACCAAAACAAAAUGGAGUCAGAGUUCACGGCAGCCAUUUUGAAAUGCAGCUAGAUUCCCUUUCUGUGUUCUUUUUAAUUUGGCGUGUCCCUCCAACCUCCGUCUGUCUGUUCCAUUCAGGCUUACAAGACAGUGAAUGGUGACAGUGAGCGGUACAAUGACCGACUCGCUGAGAUGAACUUGAGGCCAAAGGGUGAGUACUGAGUAGCUGACUGUCUGCACUGCCACACACACUUCAUUGUCCCACCACACUCUUGAUAUUCUACCAAUAGACAUGAACCAUAGAAUCUAGAAUCCUAGGGGAGUUCUAGAAUUUGUACUUUCAGUAUUCCGGAAUUCCUCAUCAUAACGGACAAGAAUGGCCAGAGUUCUAGUGUCAGUUGGAGAAAGAAUGUCUCAUCAGAGCGUUGAAACCACAACAAAACAAUUUUUGUCCACACUAAGCCUAGCCAAAUGUUUUCAUUUGGCAUGGACCCUGUUUUGGCGCUGCCACCGACACGCCAGCAUGGUGGAAUGAUCACUCUGAAUGAGAUUAAUCUAGACUGUCAGGGCUGAUUUCUGUCAGCUAUUAAUUGACCUGUCGGGGUUCCCGGGCCCAUUGCCCAGAUCGCCUGAUUGGUCUGUUGGGCUAAGCUACUUUUCAUUGGUUCACUUGGUAUCGAUGGGAGCUCUGAUUGGUUCAUGCAGGGUCUAGUUUGCUGUUCCUACCUACAUUCACCCAUCCUCAGUACACUAAUGGCUAUACAGUGUAUAGACAAACCCUAAACCUAUAUAUAGACAACGGAUGUCAUUUUAAAGACUUGAUUUUCUCUUUGUGUUACAGGCGAGGCAGAGGGUGAGUGCUUUUUGGAAACCUUUUGGCGUGCCUGUGAAAAAUGUAGCUUGCAUGCGUUUGCAGAUCCUGUCUCUCGGGCACUGUGGUGAUGGGGAAAGGGCUGGUGUGCGUCUCAAAUGGCACCCUAUUCCCUAUAUAGUGCACUGCUUUUGACCAGAGCACUAUGGGCCCGGGUCCAAAUGGGUGCACUAUAUAGGGAAUAGGGUGCCAUUUGAGACGCAGCCCUAGUCAUACCUGGCAUGAAACAUUUUCCAACUUCCUGUCAGAACAAAGUGUAACCAACUGCCAAUUCAUGUGUUUGUGGGAGCCGCCAUUUUGUAGGCUUCGCUAUUCGAUCACACUAACUUGAAGUGAAAUUCUACACCUGGCACUGGUAGCCAUUUUGUCAUUGCUAGCCAACGAACUUUCAAUCACUAACUUCGAAUUCUACACCUGGCCUACACGUAUUCUACAAACUGUACCCCUGCACCUUUAAACAUUUUUAAAACCCUCCUUUACCUGUUUUGAAAAUUGCUACAUAACCAGGGACACACUUUUUAUAAGAAAAUGGUCAUGUUUACCGUUGAGCUUUGGCUCCUGAACAAUUCAGACUAAGCCUUGGGUUCCUAUCUACCUGUUGGUCUUUUCUUCGUCACGUUUGCAUAUCUUUUGGUGUAUUCCAUAAAGCUUGUCCUUUUUUCUGUCGCGACUGCAUGUUAUGUUUGGAUGUUUGCUCGUUGCUUAGUCUGUCACAGCUACAUCACCCAAAGUACCUGACCCCAAGUUCCUAGUCUUAAUUAUACAAGUUUGAAACAAGUUGAGGCUAGUGCUGGCGUUACUGGCUAAUUAGUUGAUUAUCCUUGUUCAUGUAAUUCAGUUUACUUAUACAACAGAAUGUGACUGGACCUUUUUUAACCAGUUUAAAUACCAGUAUAGGUUACUGGCAAAUCAGUUGAGAUUAUCCUUAUUACCUGCUAUAAUGGUCAGUUUCUAAAACCAGCUGAUUUCAGUUCAGCCUAGUUAACCUUGACCAUUACCCCUGCUCCAGCUGAUCCCUCUUGCGUCCCAAAUGACACCCUAUUCCCUAUUUAGUGCACUACAUUUGACCUGGGCCCAUAAGGCUCUGGUCAAAAGUAGCGCACUAUGUAGGGAAAUGGGGUGCCACUUGGGAUGCAGCCGCUGUGUCCGAUACGGUUACUAGCCGUCAAACAAAUCCUGGCUUCCUCCCUCUCUCCUUGUUUACUCAAUUUCUUGCCUCCCCUGUUAACCAUUUAACACCCUUUGACCAGAGAUCCUGUAUAUAAUGACAAGACGCUCAUGUCUCCGCCCUAACGAUGCGUGUCGUUGUCCCAAAGGCGGGAACGCAGGCUACAAGCUUAGGUCCAAAAUAAGCCAUAGAAACUCCAUUGGGCUUAUUUUGGACAGAUUUCGGCGAGAGUGACUCUGACAAUCCUUAAGUUUGACACCUGAUCAGCUGCAGCUCACCUCUGUGGCAUUGACAAGCCGUCAAAUCCCAUCCUAGAUUCCACUAUUCCUCGCCGCUCUCUCAAAGCGCAUUGGAGGAAAGGAUCCAAGGUCCCGCCCCUCUGACCUCCCUUCUCCAAUGACCUUUGAGUAAUCAAGGAAUUGCGGAAUAGGGAUUUGACGUUUUGUCAAAGCCACAGGGUCCUCUGCAGGUGUCACGAUGGGGUCAGAGCCCUAUACGACAACAUGUGGUUUGAGUUUGGUUAACUCUGAGUUCAACUCAGGAUAACUGGUGACACGAAUGUGGCUCACCUUUUUAGCCAGGUACAUUUCUAUGGCAUUGAAUCCUGCAGAACUAACCUGCUCUGGGCAGGCUGACUGUACUUAUCCUGAAUGAAGCGUUUGAGCUGUGAGUUGAGGACCAAUUAGAUUCCCUCCCUCUCGCAGAGUGAAUCAUCAUCCCUUUAUUCUCCGGACCGUAUUUGAGUAAGACUGAUUUAAUAUUUUAUUAAUCAACUGUUCUUGUGUUUAAUUGUAAUAUUCAAAUACAUAUCACAAAAACACAUUUGGUAAUGACGGGAUGUAUUUGAAACUUCACGUGCGGUAAACUUUCCUAAUGCAAUUAUUUUAUCAUAGGAUUUCGGGGAAAAGGGACUAAGCACACCGACGAAACGAUAUGCGUAAGAAAGACUGCACUUCUAAUAGCCCAUUUCACACUAUAGUCUGCUAAAAUUGCAGGGUUACUUUUCUUUCAAUUUGAUUUAGUCAAAAAAUGAAAAUGUGGCACGGUCUCGCCAAUGGAUUGAUGUUUCCACAUUGUGUCAAUGACGAGUUUGGUGUUCGAGUAAGUGACGGGUGCACAAUCAAUAUCUACCUUCGUAAAACAUGGAUAAAGCCGGAGCUGGAAUGCGAAGCUAGCUAAUUUCAGAAAAACCUGAGUACGUCUAGCUACUUUCGUAGUACACCCCUCGGGGUUGCCAGAGGGGUCAGCAUCACACAUUAAAGGGGCUUAGCAGAGGACUAACUGAAAGCAGUUUUUAAAAAACGUAAUCUAGGAUUUAUCGCCAUAUUGGAUCCACCUAUCCUUUACUUUCUGGUCGGGGAUAUUUUAGACCCAGGGACCAAGACCGCGUGGUACAAUUCAGAAUCUGUCUCUUUAGGGGAUUGAUGUUGGAAUUGGAGGACACUUUCAUCUCAUCCCUCCCUUUUCUCUCCAUCUAUUCCUCUUCUCUCUCUCGCUCCAUCUCCCUCCACCAGCAGCACCAGCAGCAGAGGAAGCAGCACCAGCAGCAGAGGAAGCAGCACCAGCAGUAGAAUCCCCAGAAGAACCGGCACCAGUAGAAGCAGAGGUGGUAGCCGAGGUGGUCGCUGAGACGGCUGCUGUCGAGGAGGCGCCUGCAGCAGUAGAGGAAGUCGUGGCAGAGGUCUCAGCCGAACCCGACGUCGUAGAGGCGGAUGCAGAGGUUGCCGCAGAACCCGCGGUCGCCGCAGUCGAGGAGGCGCCCACAGCGGAAGUCGUUGCAGAUGUCGCCGUGGUUACAGAAGAAGCCGCCCCGGAGGCUGCCGCAGAGGCUGUCAUCGAGGACGUCGCUGAGGCGGCUCCCGUCGUCGUGGAAGAGGUCGUUGCCUUGGAGGAUGUCGCCGAGGCACCCGCAGUGGAGGCUGCCGGUGAGGAUGUUGUGGCUGAGACGGCUCCCGCCGCCCCUGAGGCAGAAGCGGCCCCUGCCGCCGAGGUGGCGGCAGCAUAA